AUGGCAGACUCAGACAAUGACUCUGGCGGUCCAAAUAACAGCAACGCCAACAGCGAAUUCUCUCCGAAAAAGCAAGAUCGUUUCCUUCCCAUAGCUAACGUGAGCAGGAUCAUGAAGAAGGCACUCCCUGCCAACGGUAAAAUUUCCAAAGACACCAAGGAGACCGUUCAGGAGUGCGUGUCGAAGUUCAUAAGUUUCAUCACCGGAGAAGCUUCAGAUAAGUGCCAGAGAGAGAAGCGGAAGACCAUUAAUGGCGAUGAUCUACUAUGGGCCAUGACUACUCUGGGAUUCGAAGAGUAUGUGGAGCCCUUGAAGAUUUAUCUCCAGAAGUUCCGGGAGAUGGAGGGAGAGAAGAGUUCCAUGGGUCGUAUAGGUGAGAAGGACGGCUCCGGUGGUUCAAGUGUCGGAGGAUCAGCCGUCGGUGGCAAUGGCAGUGUUGUAAAUCCGGGGAGUGGGAGUGGUCAUUACAACGGCGGAGGUGGAAUGUACGGUGUUGUGGUGGCGGCGGCGGCGGUGGAAGGCAAAAUGUGGUUCAUUUCUACAUUUAGAUGUAAGGGUAUUAUGGGGAGUUCAUCCUGUGGUAAGGGUAUUUUCGUUAUUUAA